CGACUCGCCAUGCUCUCCUAUCAUCGUGUCCUCCAGAUCUUCGGCCGCUCGAUUCGUGACAAAACUCUCGAGUGUGACUGUGAUAUUCAUCCGUGGGAGAUCAUGAUCGAUGGCAAAACGUGGCCGGGGAAGAUUCGCCUGAUUGCCUUUGUCGAUGUCUUUUUUGUCAUCUCCUAUGCAGCCAACGACGGUUUCAUCAAGGGCAUCAUCAUCUACAAGGAUCCAAAGGCUUUGGUGACCCUGAAUGGAAUGGGACCCAAACUUGAGAGGGAUAUUGAUGCCAAUGAGAAGAACGAUAAUAAGAGAAAUGAUAACGACAGCAACAAAGAGAAUGACAGUGCAAAGACGAGCCAGGCAGAAAGCGACAAGGUUAGAUGGGAUGAUGCCGAUUCUGACUGGGAUGAAGACGAACAAGGGGGGGAAUCCGACUCUGAUUCAGGCUUUGAUAGUGAGGAUUCCGAUUGGGACUUGGAUGAUGCCACCGAAGACAACAAAGAGAAGAAAGCCGUGAAACUGUUCAAGUUCCGCGAACGCAGCAUCUACACCGUCCAGAGCCUGGGCCAUGAGAUUGGGAUGCGCGCGACGUACGCCACCACCGAAAUCCGCAAAUACACCGUCGAAAUCACCCGGCCCUCUGGAUGGGCUAUGAGCAGACGCAUGAAACGCGGGCUGAAGCAGCACGGAAUCGGCCGUAUGAUCCAGGAUGUGAUUCAAUGCGGCCUGAUCACCAAUGCCCAGUUCAUUGGCCAUAUGACUGGCUGGUUGGUGACCGGUGGCCGCUGGAACGAUACCCUACAGAAGACCUUCCAGGCCUUGGGGGGGGCCGAUGCCGCGGGACGCCAGGCGCUAUCGAACGAGAAGAUUUAGUUUACAGGUCAAAGGCUUCGUGAUGAGUUCCCUAUUUGGUGUCAAGCAGCUCGGUUAUGCACUCGUGCAAGCGCUGGUGGUAGGAAAAAGCAAAUGCAGUGACUUGGCCGAUUCUAUUCCCUUUUAAUUCGAUGCAGCAGCAGCUGAAUGAGACAUGCGCC